CCCCAAUGCCCCAUAGACAAGAUAAAACAUAAAGCCCAAACCACAAAAACACAAUGUCGUCACCACCCACCCGUUCUGGCCCCUUCCGCGUCGUGGAGCAUAUCGUCGAAUGCCAGCAUAUCAGGGAAUAUCCGGCCGCCACGGCCAGCUCGCAAGAAGACGUACUGAACCUGGUCGUGAAGCAAUACAUCCCCGUCGAUAACCCCUCGCCUCGACCGGGCGAUGUCACCAUACUCGCGGCGCAUGCGAAUGGGUUUCCCAAGGAACUCUACGAACCCUUAUGGGAAGAGCUAUACGCACGCUCCAAGGCCAAUGGCUUCCGGAUCAGAAGUAUCUGGAUGGCGGACGUGGCCCACCAGGGCGAGAGCAGUGUAGUAAACGAGGAUUUUCUGGGAAACGACCCCAGUUGGUUCGACCACCCCAGAGACCUCCUCCACCUCAUCAAUGUAAAACGCAAAGAGAUGCCUCGUCCGAUUGUUGGAAUCGGGCAUAGCAUGGGCGGUGCGCAUCUCGCGCAAGUCUGCCUCAUGCACCCACGUCUCAUCCACACCCUCGUCCUCCUCGACCCUGUCAUCCAGCGCGAAUCCACCCAACUGGAUACCUUGCAGAUGGCCCUUCACCAACGACCGGAAAUCGCCAAGACCACCCAAUUAUCCACCUACCGACGAGACACAUGGCCCUCGCGAACCGCGGCCGCCGAAUCCUUCGGUCGAAACCCCUUCUACCAAGCCUGGGAUCCGCGCGUCCUCGACCGCUGGAUUAGAUACGGUCUCCGCGAACUUCCCACCGCCAUCCAUGGCCUCCCUGAAUCCGGGACUGGUAGCAAAAGCGACUCCCGUCCCGUGACCCUCCGAACAACCCUCCACCAAGAAGUCUUCACCUUCUCACGCCCGAACUACGCCGGGAACCAAACCCCCCGAAACAAAACCACCCACCCAGACCUCAACGCCUCGCACCUCGGUUCCUGGCCCUUCUACCGUCCCGAGCCAUCACUGAUCUUCGCCCGGCUCCCGCAUCUCCGUCCAAGUGUCUGCUACAUCUUCGCCGGGAAAUCGGAUAUGUGUCUCCCCGACAUGAUGGCCGAUAAGCUAGCCGCGACGGGGACCGGGUUGGGAGGCAGCGGCGGGGCCCCUGCCGGUCGGGUGCGCGACGUCUAUCUGGCUGAAUUCGGGCAUCUGGUUGCCCAGGAGGCUCCGGCGCAGUGUGCGGCCGCGGCGAGCGACUGGCUGGGAGCGGAGCUUGAGCGAUGGCGGUCCGAGGAGCAGGCGUUCAGGGACCAGUGGGAUCGGAAGUCGAAGCUGGAAAAGGUCACUAUUGACGCGAGGUGGAAGGCGCAUGUUCCCGUUCCGCAGCGGUCUAAGAAGCCUUCGAAUUCGAAGUUAUAA